AUGAAUUUGAAUUCAAGCCGUUUAAACAAGAACAAGGUGGAUCUAACUCAUUCUAGAAGAAGUCACAUCCCCUUAAAGCGAAUCAAUAAUGGAAACAAGACCAUUAAUGAUUGGAUCCUCAAGAAAUAAAGAGCGUAGUCAAAAGCUUAAAACAAAUUAUGUGAGUAAAAGGAGUUAUUUAAAUUCCUCAAAUAAAACCAUUCAUAAGACUACAGGUUUAAAAACUCAGAAAAGUGUUAAUAAGCUAUCAAGGCCUGCUCUGAGGAACGCUCAGAAACCAUCUAGACCUCAAAAAGAGAGCAUGAAUGUACUAAACUUAAGAAAAUAUAUGAAAAAUAAUAAACCAAAUCCUCUCGAGGAUAAUGACGAAUUCCUGUUUGAUAUUUCUGAUGAUACUGAGCAGGAUGACAAAUAUACACCUACUGUCUCAAAAAGAUUUGACACUAAAAAGAAUGUUCUAGAUACUCCUUUCCUCACAAAAGGAUUCACUGAAACUGAAUCUGAUGAUACCACCUUGAGAGGAGCAGUUCAGGUACUUAAAGAAGAACAAGACUUUAAUAACAAACUUGAGAAACGUUUGAAAUAAUGAUGGCAUUUUUGAUCUCAAGUAUAAGAAAAAUUAUGAAUCUAUUAAAUCUAGCAUGAAGUACUCCCAAUCGUGUAAUUCCUCAAGUGACUCAACAGAGAAGCAUUCAGUUUCGAACCAGAAGAACUCUUUCAAAAUAGCCCAAAAAUUUAUCACUGAAGAUAAAGAAAACAGUCAGAAGUAUCUCAAUGAGAUCCAAGUUUCUCAGAAGAGACAUAUCAAAGAAGAAAUCUCUCCUGGUCGCUGUAGGCCAGUUUAUUCAAAACCAUUGAAAAAGAAGAAACUAGAGGAAGUAACUAGAAUAGUUCAGAAGUUAGAUACCCCAGAAAGCAGAACAUCAACUUCAAAAGGCUCGAAUUCUCAAAACAUUAGUGAAGAGAGUAGAAGAUUUUCGAACCAAAUGACUGCGAAAAUUUAUAAAAGAAAGAAUAAUCCUAGUAUCCUCAAUAGUAAAACUGAUGUGAAGUAUGAGGUACUCAGUGUAGAUCUUAUGUCUGAAAAUAAUUCGAGACCAAUGACUCAACAUCAGAUGAACUCCAGAACUCAUGAUGGGACGAAUAACAUCUUUACUUAUAAUCAACUCCAAAGAGACAACUAUGUCUUAAUCAAUGAAGGAAAAUUUAAAAGGAGCAAUGCAAGCGACAAAGGAAUCUCUGUUGGAAAUCAAACUGUGUGUGAAGACAGGAAAUCAUGAAAGACUACUUUCCAUAAAUCGCCUCUUCAGCGUAUUAAAAAUUGUCAGCUCAAUAACUCCAAGAGUAUUGCAAUCUCAGAAAGCAUUGAUAAAGAAUCUACUUAUGACAAAGCAGUGAACCCUAUGUAUCUAGUUACAAGGUCUUCUUGUGACACUAGAAAAAGCCAUAAGAUUAAAGUUCCUUUGACUAGACAGCCUGUCAAAGAUUUUGGCUCAGCUUACCUAGCUCCAAAGAUGUGGCCAAAAACAAAGAAUCGUAUGAACUCUCAUAGAGGAUCUUUGAUGCCUCAGAGUAGAAAUCCUCUUUCUGUUUAUAACAAGAAUGUUCGGAUAGACCUCAACUCAACAUCUAGAAAAGAAGCAUUCACAGAAGAAAGAGGAAGCACAAAUGAUAAUGAUCAGACUCCAUUAAUUUUCUCUGACAAGAAGCAGACUUAUAACUCAAUCUGAAGUAGAAAAUUUAGUCUCUUAAAUAAUGACAUCACUAAAAACAACAAAUAUGACACCACAAUGAGCACAAAUCUAAGAAAUGUAUUUGGCAAGAGGUCUAACUCAACCAUGGCUCCAAAGUCAAAUUCAGUCAAAAAUCUUCUUGUUAAAAAGCAGAGAUGUUUGCUAGAGAGUAAGAAAAGCCCCAAAUUUAGUGAUGCAAUGAGAAGCUUGAAAAACCUUCAAUUUGAAAAGGUUGAUAGAGACACAUACUCAACAACUUCUGCGAAUAAUAAUGCUUAUCAGAAAAGUCGAAACAAAGGAAUGACAAGCAAGAUGACUGAUGUUGAUAAUUCUAAUGACCAACCACAUGGCGAGAACAGCAAGAAGCUAGUUGAGUACAUCCUAAAAGAAAUUGACAAACUAGAUCACAUCAAGAAGAAUCUCUCAAGCGUUAUUGUAGGCAUUCAACAAAAAGAUGAAGUUGAGAGUAUCGAUCAGAAGAGACAAAAUACUACUUAUGAGGAAGUAAUCACUAAGAGAUCUCUCGAAAAACCUCCUCUUGCUUCCGAAAGCUUCUCUGAUAUAAUGAUGGCAAGGCUGCUUUCUAAAGAAAAUUGUAAAAUAGAGAGUAACUAUAAUACUAAUUCAACCAAUUACCCCAAAGCUCCACUUCCAAGAGGAUAUGAAAUGGCAAGAAGCCGAUCUGGAAACAUUGGAAAUCUCUAUUCACACAACUUACUAUCUGUCAAGAGGCCUUACACUCAACUAGAAAAGAUAGUUGAGAAACCAAAGAAGACGGCUCAAGGCCAAAGAAGAAGUUCCAAAGGGAGAAAUCAAAUGUACUAGCUAUAUAAAACAGUUGUUUCUUCUAUUGUAAA